UCGUGUUCGGUCAAUAAUAUUUAACGUUGGUCGCGAUCGCGCGCGUGUGCCUUCCCUCUCCGCCGUUUGUCGGAAUCGUCGAAGCUUCGGUGCGACGCUACCAGGCGGCAGCCGACCCGAAUCGUCGGCACACCUUGGCAGCGCACCUGUGUCAAGCCGCGUCGUCGCGCUUUCGCCACCUCCUUCACGUUCCCGAAUCGUAAGAGCGUCGCGUCUGUCCCGCGAGUCGACCGUCGACCGUCGGCGCGACACAAAUCACACCGCUUCUUCGAGAUCGUUUCCGAUCAUUUCGAAAGCCUCUGUUGUAUCACGGCAACGUCCUACCAAACGCGAAACACGUCUCUCUUGGUCCUCCCUGGCACGGUUCAUCUUCGCGAUGAAGGAGACGCUGACGAAGCAGGAGAUCAAGCGCGAAUGGGAGGAGAGCGAGGUCGAGGAGGAUUCGCCACGGAUGGCGAGCACAACGUCCGACGAGCAACAACGAUCGGCCGAGAGUCCUCGAACGGUGAUUACCGCGAGAAGGCACGUGCGCACCAUCACCACCGCCGGGCACAUAACCGAGACAACGGUGGCCGAGCCAGACGCCGAUUCGCCCGAUGCCGGACGACUCGAAUCUUCGCAGCAACAUCAACAGCAACAGCAACAGCAUCACCUGCACUAUCAUCACAACCACCACCAUCUUCGUCACCAUCCUCGAUCGAUCGACGAUCAUCAAGCAACGUCCCACCAACAGCAGUCUAGAUCGCGCGCGUACGAGGACGAGCAACAGGCGAGCGAUCCAGGAUGCAGGAGAACGUCGCCGAGUUUCGUGCAAAUUUCUCAGACCGAGGCCGAGAUGCAACAGCAGCAGCAGCAGCAGCAGCAGCAGCAGCAGCAGCACGCUCGUCGCAGCGAACAAUCUCUCGUCUACUUGACGAGCAACGGUGAAGAAGUGCGCGUCGAGGUAACGGAAGCGGUGGAUCCGUCGAGCGUGCUGACGAUGAAGGAAACGGUUAGGUACGAGACGCCGGAGCCGGAUAGAACGGACGCUGAUCGCAUCUACGGUGGAUACUCGACGGACGGGCAGCAACAGCAGCAACAGCAGUUGCGGAGGGACAACAAUCACGCGAUCCCGGGGCAAACAACGGUGCACGAGAAGCGAAUCGUUCACCAGUCGUCUGGUGGCAGUCAGAGAUACAGUCCACGGGAGGGAGGUGGUCAGUCGACCGGUGGAAGAUCGUACCAGCACGGUUCGUCGCCGACGGUGCUGGUUGCGACGAGCGACGAUUACGAGAACGGUGGCGCGAUAGUCUCUCACGCGAGCGGCGCGACCUGCGUCGGGGUGCAGCUCGAUUCACCCGCCCCUUCGUCCUACUCUCCGCCGAUCGCUGCCGACGGUGGUGGGAUUCGCGCGACGACCGUUGUCGCCAAUCAACAGCACUCGGCUCAGCAGCAGCAGCAGCAGCAGCAACAACAAUCGCAGCAAAUCAUCACGGGGUUCGUAAACGCCGACGGCGGAGUGAGCAUCAAGUACGAGACCGAGGGUGGAAACGUGGCAGCGACGAACGCGGCGGUGGCUGCAGCGGCUGCAGCUGCUGUCGCGGCCGCCGUGCCGGUCGACGGUGGUAUCAAGGUAUCGAGCACCUACACCACGCUCGAGACCGUCUCGAUACCGCAGUCGCAAACCGUUCAGUACCACCAGUACAUAUCCGGCAGCGACACGUUUCAACAAGCUUCCACCUACACCUACACCAAACCCGGCGAACAAGUGAUCUUGGCGUAUCCGUCACCGGGUCAACUGUCGACGCGCGUCACCGGGGUGGAGUCGCCGGGAAGCGCGUACAUGAAGGGCGGCGAUCCGACGCUGGCGUCCUCGCUGGGAGGAUCGCGCGGCGUGCCAGUGCCUCUACACUACAGCCACGAGCAGCCAGGAUCGCCGGGCUCUCAGGUGACGUUGUACGGGACCGGAGGCCCAGGUUCGUACCCUUACGGCAAGCCAACCACCGCCGGCGGCGGCGGCGGUGGCGGAGGCGGCGGCGGCGAGUACUGGUCAAACGCCGGGACACCGUCACCGCCGACGUUCGACUGCGUCUCGGGCUAUCAGAACGUGACGGCCAUCUCCGUCGGCGACGCGGCCAACAUACAGCUGUACUCUGGCGGGGCGUACAGCGUCUCGACCGGGGCCACCACCACCGUUCCACCGUCACCGUGGUCGAACCUGCCGCUCACCGGCGGCGAGGAGGCCGCUUUCGACGGGACGAUCGUCGCCGAUCCCAAGGAGUGCUUUGGCUGCGGGAUCCCGACCACCGCCUGGCGAAGGGACGAAACUGGCCGUUGCUACUGUCACAAUUGCGUCUACAACAAGAUGAACGGAGUGAACAGGCCGGCAAUGAGCAGAUGCGGCAAACCGAAGCAACCUGUUGCCCCGACGGGUGUACGAAGGACGGGCGUUCAGUGCGCCAAUUGCAAGACGAGCAACACGACCCUCUGGCGGCGGAACAACAACGGCGAGCCGGUGUGCAACGCUUGCGGCCUCUACUUCAAACUGCACAACGUAAACAGGCCGCUCAGCAUGAAGAAGGAGGGAAUACAGACGAGGAAGAGAAAGCCGAAGAAUCACUCGGGGAUGAGCGGGAACUUGGCUGGUCCGAGCGGCAUGCACAAGACCGAGAUUAAGUCUAGCUUACUCGUGGACUCGCUGCAGUUGAACGUGUACGGGAGCGGUGGUAGUGGUGGUAACGGGGGCGGGAUAGGGGCCGAUGCGGCGACGAAGCAGGAGGACGAGAGCGAGCCAGUGACUGGAACAGCGUGCCACCACUAGAGCCAAUCGCUAGUCAAGCUGGUUGCGAUCUCUUUUCGGUUAUCACUUCCACCACGACAGCCCACGUAACGAAGAGAACGUAACGAAGAGGAAAAAGAAGAAGAAGAAGAAGAAGAAGAAGAAGAAGAAGAAGAAGAAGAAGAAGAAGAGGAGGAAGAAGAAGAAAACGAACAGGACAGACGAAACGAAGAGAAAGGAGAAAAAAAAAAAAGUAGAA